ACUCCUAUGCUUCUUCUUCCCAAAUGACACCAGCUCCACCACCACUGGAAUCAGUGGCAGUAACCAGAAACCGCCACCAUCAGCAGCUUAUUUUGAACGCCAACUGAUCUUCUUUCACUACCCGAAAAUCAUGAUCUUCGUUGAUGGGGUUCCAUUCACCACGCAUUCAUCAUCCUCAACAUCUCAGCCUCAGGGGAUGGAUAUUUUGAUUGCUUUGUUGGGAAAUCCCAGUCUGGUAUCUGCCUCAAACUCUUUGAAGGCUAACCCAGAGAGGAAGUUCUCAGAUUCUGAAGAGACUAGUCCAGAGAGAUCAAAAUGUGUUUAUAUAUUCCAAAGAGAAUAUGCUACUGUUGACCCUGCAAUUGUUGAUUUUGUUGGCACUGAUGAAGCGACAACGUGUGUUGGCAUUGUUAUCCGUAAUCAAAAGACUGGAAUGACAUCAGUUGCCCAUAUGGAUUCCCCUAAAAUUGUAGAAAUGGGCCUCUCUCAAAUGUUAGCUCUACUUCUUGACGACAGUUUGGACACUGUGUUGGAUGUGCACCUAAUUGGGGGUUUUGAAGAUGUUUCACUGCAACAUGCUAAUGGUAGUAACUCUGUAUCAGAAAGCCAGGCAGAUUUGGAUGGUUAUUCCUUUCCUUUGUGUUCAAAGAUUGUUCAUGCUUUAGGGUCAAGAGAGGAGAAGUUUCAUGUUCGAACGAUGUGUGUUCUUGGGCAUAAUACCAGAAAGGAUUCUGAUGGAAAAACUUACCCCAUUUUUAAUGGAUUUGUGGUGGAGACUGCAACCGGAGUUGUUAUCCCAGCAAGUUUUGAUAGAAGCUCUAGAUGUCCCGAUGAAGUUGUCAGAAGAAUACGAGUAUCUGCUUCUUAUGAAGAUACCAGUUGGAAUGGGAAGUUACUAGAGACAUAUGACUAUAGCACUGACUGCUUCAAAAUUGCACCUUGUCGCUGGACUCUUCGUCAAUAUCAUAUUGCUUUGUCACUUCAGAAUUAUUCUGAUUCAGAACUUCUUUCUAUCUGUUCUACCUCACCUACUGCUGAGGGCCCAGAUUUUGUGGAUAAUUUAAAAAGGCAAUGGAAUUAUUUGAUUGAGCAUCCAUACUGGACAGAAACCUUCCCCAAGAGACAGCCUCGAGUUUUUGCAAGGAGUGCUGAUGGAAGGUGGAAAAGAUGUUGAUGACAUUCUACAUUGCUUGGGCCAACCCUUUUGAAUAAUUGGGUUGCCUUAUUUUAAUGUUCAUCUCUCAUUAGACAUUUCAUUUCCCAUUUUUGCUGUUAGUUAUCAAAUUGUAAUCGCCUGGUUUAGAUUAUUGUUUUCAACUAAAAUGGUAUGUAAUUAGCAUGGUCCUGGUGAAACUAUCCACUUGGAAGGGAGUAAAGAAGGAAUUUGCUUAAGCUAGGAUGAAACGCUAUGCUAUUUGGAUACCUGGUGACACAGCUGUUCAUGAACAUUAACAAUACUUUUCUUAUAGAUUGAAAUGAAAGUUAGCGAACGCACAAAAUGAAA